UUGAAAAUUGGGGACAGGCUGCUGAGCGUUGAUGGGAUCCCUCUGCACAGCAUGACCCACGCUGACGCCCUCAACAUCCUGCGGCAGUGCAGCCAGGAGGCACUCUUCCAGAUCGAGUAUGAUGUGACCAUCAUGGAUACUGUAGCAAAUGCUUCAGGUCCUUUACUAGUUGAAAUAGCGAAGGCUCCGGGGUCUACGCUAGGAAUCACACUGAUGACAACCACACACCGGAACAAGCAGGUCAUUGUCAUCGACAAGAUCAAGCCGGCCAGCGUGGUGGACAGAUGUGGCGCGUUGCAUGUUGGCGACCAUAUUCUCUCCAUUGAUGGCACGAGCACAGAGCACUGCUCCUUAUUAGAGGCAACUCAGCUUUUAGCUGCCACUUCAGAAAAUGUCAAGCUGGAGAUAUUACCUGUUCACCAAAGCAGGCUGCCUUUGAAGCCUCCAGAAACAGUCAAGGUGCAGAAGAGCGACCACCACCACUGCUGGGACCCCUGUGUCAACUACUGUCACACCCACCACCCCGGGCACUGCAAGACGCCCACGUGGAACCAGACAUCUGGACAAGAUUACUGCAAAUCUCUGGUGGCUGCCAACUUCUCGUCUCCCACCAUGAACGCACAGGGCUUCCCCUGCCAGAACUCGAACACCCUACCUCGCAGCUCCCACCCCAUGAGCCCCCGCACCACCAUGCUGAGGAGGAGGCAGAAGAAGAAGGAGCACAAGAGCUCAUUGUCACUGGCCUCCAGCACGGUGGGUCCUGGCGGGCAGAUAGUCCAUACGGAGACAACAGAGGUGGUGCUCAGGGGAGACCCUUUGAAUGGCUUCGGACUUCAGCUCCAGGGAGGCAUCUUUGCUACUGAAACCCUGUCUUCCCCACCUCUCGUCCGUUUUAUUGAGCCUGACAGCCCGGCAGAGAGGUUAGAGACCUUGCCCUUGGAUGCUGAUGGUGCUGCUGCUGAACAUUUCAUGGUUUGGUGUGGGCUGCUGCAAGUAGGAGACAGAGUUCUUUCUAUCAAUGGCAUUGCGACUGAGGAUGGGACUAUGGAGGAAGCUAAUCAGCUUUUGCGUGAUGCCGCGCUCACGAACAAAGUGGUGCUUGAGAUUGAAUUCGAUGUUGCAGAGUCUGUCAUACCCAGCAGCGGUACUUUCCACGUUAAAUUGCCCAAGAAAAGGGGUGUGGAGCUUGGAAUUACAAUCAGCUCUGCAAGCAGAAAGCCUGGGGAGCCUUUGAUCAUCUCUGACAUCAAGAAGGGGAGCGUAGCACAUAGAACUGGCACCUUGGAGCCGGGAGACAAGCUGUUAGCCAUUGAUAACAUCCGACUCGACAAUUGCUCAAUGGAGGAUGCUGUCCAGAUUUUAAGGCAGUGUGAAGACCUCGUCAAAUUGAAGAUUAGGAAGGAUGAAGAUAACUCUGAUGAGCAGGAGACAACCGGUGCUAUUAUCUACACAGUGGAACUGAAGCGAUAUGGUGGCCCCUUGGGAAUAACCAUCUCCGGGACAGAGGAGCCUUUUGAUCCUAUUGUCAUUUCGGGCUUGACUAAACGAGGGCUAGCAGAAAGAACUGGAGCCAUCCACAUCGGUGACCGGAUAUUAGCGAUUAAUAAUGUGAGCCUCAAGGGCAAACCGCUGAGCGAAGCCAUUCACCUGCUGCAGAUGGCGGGAGAGACGGUCACUCUGAAGAUCAAGAAGCAGAUGGAGAAAUCCUAUCCCAAGAAGUCGGGCAGUAUAAACGAAGUGAGCGACCCAGAAGAUGAACUGACGGACUCCCAGAAAACUAGCAAGCUGUCUGAGAUAUACUCCACCACAAUUCCUAGCGUGGACAGUGCUAUGGAGUCCUGGGAUGGCUCCGGCAUUGAUGCUGGGUACGGAAGCCAAGGUACGUACAUACCUCAGGCUGCGGGCAUAGCCCUCCAUCCGCACGAAUGGAGACACAGCAGGCAAAAGAGCAGCACCCCUCCGGGGGACCCCAGGAAAAACUACCCCUACAUGGAUGGAAGCUUCAGUGAAGACGACUGGGACAAGCCCAGCAGAUACCCCAACCGCCAAAAUGGCCUUGAGACCACUCACGAGGAUAGUUUUUGGCGUGUUUUUGGAGAAGCUUUGGAGGAUUUGGAAACAUGCGGCCAGUCUGAACUUUUGAGGGAGAUUGAGGCAUCCAUCAUGACGGGGAGUGUGCACAACCUGGGCCUGGAGGGCAGCAAGCUGCUCCUGGACUCUGUCAACCCAUCGGGACUGAGCCCGUUGAGGAAAGCAAACUCCAGCUGUGAUGAUGGACAGACCGAGGGUAGCAGCUCCCCUGCCAGGAAGAACGAGAAGAACCUGGACAUAAAGAAGAUCGAGAAGGAGAUGCAGGAAAUCAUGUCCCCUACCCCCCUCGAGUUUCACAAGAUGACUCUCCACAAAGACCCAGAGAGUGAAGACUUUGGAUUCAGUGUGUCGGACAGCCUGUUAGAAAAAGGUGUCUAUGUAAAUAUGGUCCGUCCGGAUGGGCCAGCAGAUCAGUGUGGCCUCAAGCCAUAUGACAGAGUGCUUCAGGUAAACCGCAUCCGAACGAGAGACUUUGACUGCUGUCUGGCUGUUCCCCUGAUUUCGGAGGCUGGAGAUAAGCUGGACCUGGUGAUCAGCCGAAACCCCUUGGCACUUGCUGCCAACGCUCCCCCGGAGGGGAACAGAGAGCUGCCGGCGCAGGUGGCCCGUGGCGCCGAGGUCAAGGCGAGCGUCCAGAUGCUCUGA